AAUUUUUUGAAUAUCAUUCAGUAGUACUCCUUGCUUUAAGUGUUCUCGCUGUAUUGUCAGUGAUCAUUCUCGUUACAUUCAGAGAAUUGAACCAAUUUGACUUUGUUUAAAGCGCGUGUGCAAAAAGACUUCUACUUAACAAAUCUCCCCAAGAAAUGUGUUUGCCAUUAUGUCGUAUAAAAUACAAUGUGCUUUUGACGAAAUACUUAAUCUGCUCUUCGCCUAUUAAAGUGCGCUUGUUGUCACGAUAAAAGACGUACAAUCACGUACGUUAUAAUUAUCUUAUAAUUAUAAUUGCAAGAUAUAAUUGUGAAAAGAACGCCUAAUUCUCAGUCUAAACUUUUAAAGAAUGAAGUAUCUUUAAAAAUAGUAUAACAUUUUUAUUUGGUACGAUGUCAUAAAUAAACGCUUUAGAAUGUACAAUAAUAUAAAUUUUUUAUUUUGAUGGAAUUAAUCAGGGCAAAUAUUAGUUUCGUGAACAUAAACGUUAAAGUUACGACGUUCUGUAUAUGUUGCCUACAUUAUAUUAUCGUAAUUUAUGAUCGUACAUGCAUACGAUCAUAAACGUUUAUGUGUCACGUGUAGUCAUAUAGCGUCUCAUUAGAGACGCAAGCGCUGUUGAAUGUUAGGCUGUUAGAUCAUGAGCAGGUUCUAAUAUAAAGAAGCGUGGGAGUGUAAAAAGAGUAGUAUCGACGUGCGUAACGAAGCGUAGAGAUGAACGUCAUCCUGAUCCCGUUUUUCCUAGCGGCCAACGUAGUUGUCAACGACACGUCGGAAUGGACGUUUGGGCCAGAAUACUUGUACGACCUGAACAUCACUUAUAUUCAAAACUUUCAUGAGCACCAUAAGCCUGAGCAGGUACAAUUGAUUUCUACAGUAAAAUGUCGUCCCAAAAUGCCGGACAAUCUAUUCUGCUAUUUGACCAACUUUACGGAAUCGGAUAAUUACAACAUAACGCGAGAAAUACUAGCAAGAGGAACGUUUGAAAUCAAAUUUAACAAGCAUGGCGUAAAAGGCCUGAUAAUCGACCUUCCAUUGUCUAACACAGUAAUCGUCAACAUCCUCCGAAAGAUCGCCAAUCAGUUUAACGUGAUUGUCGAUCAGGGCAAAAUUGGCAUGUCGCAGUUUAUGACCAGGGAAAAUUCGUCAAUGGGAAAUUGCGCGACCACGUAUGAUAUCACACGUGAAAAAGUCGAGACGGACACGCUCGAGAAAGAAAAUGUCGAUUUUCGGCUCGUGAUAUUGCCGUUGGCCGAUGCGAAACCUGGAACGACUCUCUCGAUUGAGAAAUCUCGGACAAAAUGUAUUAAUUCACCACGAUAUAUCGAUUUCACAAUGGAAAUUUUAGAAAUGGAAAGAUUUGUCAGCAAAAUACAAAUCAAUUCAAACAAAUUCGAAACCUUCACCGAAUUCGAUGGAAAAGCAAAACGUUUGGUUGGAUACAAAUUUGAGGUGUCGUCAUUAAAAGAACUAAUACAGAUUAAUUUGAACAGCAUUAAACCUGCGAAAAAUAAACUUCCGACUUUUCUCCACGGCAAACUGAUCGAUUUUAAUUUGAAAUAAAAAUACAUUUUUAUAUUUACCUAUAUAUGUUACAAUUAUUAGAAUAAAACAUUUUUUUAAACUUUUAUAAUGUAUCAUGUAUAAAACUCUACUCUGGUUGACGAACAGAAUGCGACCUAUAAUCAUGUUGUUACGUCCUCAUCGUUUUUUUUUGUGGUUUUGUGCAUACGUAACAGCACACUUUCCAAUAUAGAAACCUAAAAAUACAAUGAAUACGAAAAAAAAAAACAAUUAUUUUUCAGCGCUAAUGAAAACUAGUAAGUAAAUGUUUUGUGUGUGUGUGUGUGUGUGUGUGUGUGUGUGUGUGUGUGCGUGUGUAUGAGAUUAAAUAUUGUCUGUUACCUAAACUCGACGCCAUCACGUCUCCAAUGUUUGAUAGGCAGAGCAACAUGAGAGGAAUGCCGAGAUUGGCGUAAAAAAUAGUUACUACUUUUCCAUUUUUUGUUUUCGGUGCAAUGUGACCGUAUCCUAAAACAAGAAAUACAAAUAUAAAAUAUAUUAAUGUACAUACAUAUAUAAAACAUUUUGUAACAGCACUUUAAUAGUUAUUUGUGUAACAAGUGAGGUAAGAUGAAAAUUCCCAGGUGCGGAGUUUACCCCCUCCGGUAACUGCACUUGGGAAUUUUCAUCUUUACACACGACUUACACUCCCUAUUUUAUGUUGCAAGUGCCUGGAAAGUGGUCUAUCACGCACGCGUAGCGUGCGUAAUGGGGCACUUUCCAUGCACGUGUUGCAUAAAACUUUUUAUUACCUAAUGUUAUUUGAGAAAGCAUGUUUCGCAUUAAAGAACCCUUAAACAUAUUAGUCAUUAGUAUCAAAAAUUUUUCAUAGACGCAUAACAGAAAAUUAAUUUCUCUAAACUAUCUUUUAGUUAGAAAGUUAUAUACUUUCUAAGAAUCAAAACAUCAAUUUUUUAAAUAUAAUCUUGGCAACAUUUUUAGAUUUAAUUUGUUUAAAAUGAAACGAACUAUCACUUGUAAUUCUAU